UUUGGCGUUUCGUUGUCCGUUUGAUACAUUAUUCUACAUGUUUAUUUAACCCCUGCAAAGUUAGUUACAGGUAGACUGUUUUUUUCCCAGUUUCCUUUAACCUGCCGUCAUUGACAGUCUGCUUUGGCUGCAACGGCGGGUGUCUCAACAACCAUCUCCAGUCAGCGACUCUUCAGUUGCUGAACCCUCACAAAACACGGCUUUAGCAGCGAGGUAGCAGCGGAGGACCGUCGACGGGACAUGGAGUCGCACAAAGCUGGGGGCGUCAUAGCCUACAUCCGCUCAUCCAGCUCCUCCUCCAGCCCCGAGUCCUGCCACAGCGAAUCCUCCAACGGCAGCUACCAGUCGUCCUCUCCUCCCCGCGGCUCCUCGCCCAGCGGGAACCCGCCGGCCGAGCCCUCGCUGGCCGUCAGCAGCACGCAGAAGAGCGGGCUCUCCUCGUCCUCGGGGAGAUGCAGCAUCACAAAACUCAACGGCCUGGUGCUCCUGUGUAAGGUGUGCGGUGACGUGGCCUCCGGCUUCCACUACGGCGUGCACGCCUGCGAGGGCUGCAAGGGCUUCUUCAGGAGGAGCAUCCAGCAGAACAUCCAGUACAAGAAGUGCCUUAAGAAUGAGACUUGUCCCAUCAUGAGAAUCAACCGCAACCGCUGCCAGCAGUGUCGCUUCAAGAAAUGCCUCCUGGUGGGGAUGUCCCGGGACUCUGUGCGCUUCGGUCGCAUUCCAAAGCGGGAGAAGCAGCGCAUGCUGCUGGAGAUGCAGAGUGCCAUGAACAACAUGAUGAACAACGAGCACCUGCAGAAUCAGUCCCUGUCCGUGGGGGCGGCCCCGCCGCCCGGCCCCGCCCAACCUACCUCUGAGGAGGCCGGCUCCGGCUCCGGCUCCGCCUCCUCGCCCUCGUCUUCGCCACACUCCAGCCAGUCGGACUCCAGCUCGGACCCCCGGCCCGGCACGUCCAUGGACACCAGCUCCAGCUCUGGUUCCCCCAGCGCCUCGGACAGCAGCGAGGAGGAGGUGAUCGGCUCGGUGACCCGGGCCCACCAGGAGACAUUCAUGUACAACCAGGAGCAGAUUAGCCUCACCGCUGAGCAUCCACGCACCCCCCCUCUGAACAACGGGGCCACAAACCCCCCCACUCACUUCCUGACAGAGCAGGGCCAGGACUCCUGGAACCGCCACAACAACCUGGUCACCGAGACGCUGCACAAACCCCCCUCCAUCCUCGGCCCUCAGCACCGGGAGGACAACGGCCCCGACCAGUGUCCGUUCAGACAUUUCCAGAACCCGUCGGCCAGCCACUGUCCCACCUACAUCCACGGAGCUGCCGGAGCGCCGUGCGCAAAGGGCGGGGCCCCCCGAGCCCACGGUGGCCCCGGGUGGAGAGGAGGGAACAGGAUGCACCUGGUCUGCCCCAUGAACACGUGUCCCUACGUGGACCCGCAGAAGUCCGGCCACCAGGUGUGGGAGGAGUUCUCCCACAGCUUCACCCCGGCCGUCCGGGAGGUGGUGGAGUUUGCCAAAAAGAUCCCCGGCUUCAGAGACCUGUCGCAGCACGACCAGGUCAGCCUCCUGAAGGCGGGCACCUUCGAGGUGCUCGUCGUUCGCUUCGCCUCUCUGUUUGACGUGAAGGACCGCGCCGUCACUUUUCUUGGAGGGAAGAAGUACAGCGUGGACUCUCUGAGGGCCAUGGGCUCCGGGGACCUCCUCAACUCCAUGUUUGACUUCAGCGAAAAGCUGAUGAAUCUGGGCCUCAGCGACGAGGAGAUGAGCCUCUUCACUGCCGUGGUUCUGGUCUCUGCAGAUCGCUCCGGGAUCGAGAACGUGAACUCCGUGGAGGCCCUGCAGGAGACCCUGAUCCGGGCCCUGCGGAGCCUCAUCACCAGGAACCACCCCAACGAGUCGGCCAUCUUCACCAAGCUGCUGCUCAAGCUGCCCGACCUGCGCUCGCUCAACAACAUGCACUCGGAGCAGCUGCUGGGCUUCAACGUCCAUUCCUGAACUCUCCACGCUCCAGUAUUUUCCAGAACUUCAGACGGACCAAAAUGAAAAUCUGGAGGCUCCGUGAAGCGGCAGAUCUGCUUUCCCCCCCCGCUCGACACCUGUGCACGUCACCACUCCACCCCCGGGUGUUUCAGGCCGUGCGUGUGCAUGUGCAGAGCGGGGCGGGCUGUGAAAUGUUCCCGUACUGUAAGGCGUGCCAGCCACCGUGAUAGUGAUGCGUACAUGCAGACACAUGUUGUACAGGUUUCUAGUGUUUGUGUGUAGCAGCUGUGCAAAUGUUAGAAGCACUUUUCCGUCAAAUGUGUACUUGUAGUGCAAUACGUGACUUUGUUUUAGUUUUUAAAGCUGCUUUUCCCAGUGGCUUACAUAAAUCUUAAUGACUGAAUCUAAAGAUAGCGGUGAGGAAAAGAAACAACAGAAGAUGGCGAGUGUGAGCUCCCUCGCAGAAGAAUCUUUAAGCAGUUUCACUUGAAUUAUCUGGGAAGCAAGUUCUUAUUUUAUACUUAUGCAGUAGUACAUACAUACUCUGUGUUCUCGCCGCAUUCUCUCCUGUUCCGGCGAAUGGUUUAGGCGUUGCCAUAAAUUAGCUGUACCAAUGCCAGAUUUCCUCCCUCAAUAAGAUCAGCAGAGAUCAGGACUGGCACUGAAACGUUGGACCUGUUUGAACUGCCGUCUUAACUGUUUCAGGUGGUGCAGUUGUCUGGACGUCCACUGAAGCUCCGCCCUGCGUGAACACUUUCUGUUUUACAAUACUGUACAUACAAGCUGAGUGUUGAGGCUAGUUGCUACGACGAUUCCACAUAACGUAUGAUUGUAAUAUCAUGGAAGUGAUUGUAAUAUAAAAAUGUAAGCUGAGUUGAAGUUGCUGUCAUUCAAGCUUAUUUUGCGGUGUAUAUUUUCUUUCUUUCUUUUCUUGAGUCCAGACUUUCUGGCCUUUUAAUAAUCGGAGCUUCUGUUAUUGUGUUAACAGUUGUGACGUGUGGGUCUAUUCUCUGAAAAGAUUGCUUGUUUUCUCUCUAUAGACAAAGAGAAGGAUUAAAUACAAAAAUACUAUGAUAGCUGUAUAGAUGAACAUCUAUAUAAAUAAAUUUUAUAAAUGCAGCGGUUUCAAUUCA